GAUCUGGGGCGAGUGCCUGGCAGAUUCGGAUCUACGCAACCAGUACCAGGAGCCUGCUGAUCCGAAAGCCAAGAAGACCGAGGCAACACUGCUCGGAGCUGGAGAGCCCUGGCGCUUUCAGGAGGGUGGACCGCAUCAUCUGCGGGAGCUGCCCGGCAUCGUCAGUGCAGCCUCGAUGCACAUUGUGGAUGGCUGUCGCAUGUGGCUCGGCGGAUCGGUGAUUUUCGAGGUGGCGAGGACGGAGAUGGCUAAAGGCCUCGCCUCGCCAGGCCAUCGUGUGCUCUUUGCAGUCUCGGCAGACGACGCGCACUCCUGA